GUUUUGGUUUGCUUAAAUAGACGCAUCCACAAAAUCAACAAUUCGCACAUUCGGACAUUUACCUGGAAAAUAACUUUGAGACGAGAGUUGGUCUUCCAAAGGCAUGCAAGCAGCAAGCCACCUGUUUGAACGCCGGUUCUUUCUAGCAUUUCGUCGAGCACUUUCCAUAUCUUGUUCCUCCCAACACCUCCUCAGUCCCAGAACUCUUAGAUUCUCUACUCAAGUGACAGAUGUCUCAGAAUCUAUCAAGGAAGAAGACGCGGAAGAAGAAAUCAGAUACAGUGCACGAACAAUUAGCGGUGAGGAAUCAACCAGAGAGGAUAAAGAAGAAGCUCCCAGAAGCUUAUGUGGGAGGAUUGAGAAGCUAGAAAGAGGAGAUCCUGUCGGGUCCGCAUUCCAAAGCUGGAUGGGAGACGGGUUUCCAAUUCACAGAGGCGAUAUUUUUCACACAAUCAAUCGUUUACGCAAGCGUAAAUUCAAUAAGCGUGCCCUCGAGGUGAUGGAAUGGGUGAUUAGGGAAAGACCCUACAUGCCAAAACAACUGGAUUACUCAUUUCUUCUAGAAUUCACCGCUAAGCUUCAUGGGAUACCACAAGGUGAAAAGCUCUUUUCUCACAUCCCUUCAGAGUUCCAAGACGAAUUACUCUACAACAAUCUUGUGAUGGUUUGUUUAGAUAAAGGAAUGAUACGAUUAUCAUUAGCUUACAUGAAAAAGAUGAGGGAACUCGGUCACUCCAUCUCCUACAUGGUCUUCAACCGCCUAAUAAUCCUCCAUUCCUCCCCUUCCCGAAGAAAAUCCAUCCCCAAAAUCCUCACCCAAAUGAAAGCCGAUAAGGUCUCCCGCCAUGUCUCCACUUACAACAUCCUUUUGAAAAUGGAAGCCAAUCAACACAAUAUCCAAGGGUUGAAUAAGGUGUUUGAUGACAUGAAUCGUGCAAAUGUUGAGCCAAAUGAGAUUACUUUCUGCAUAAUCGCCACUGCACAUGCGGUAGCUAGGCUAUACACCGCUUGUGAAACUUACAUUGAAGAAAUCGAAAAGUCAAUGACUGGAAAAAACUGGUUAACAUUAGAUAUACUGGUUAUACUCUACGGGUAUUUGAAAAAAUCAAAGGAUUUAGAAAGAACUUGGAGAAUCAUACAAGAGCAACCACGUGUUAAAUCAAAAAGCUACGUGUUAGCGAUUGAAGCUUUUGGGAGGAUUGGAGAUGUGAAUCGAGGUGAAGAAAUCUGGUCAAAGAUGAAGUCAAAUUACGAGAUGAAAUCAACCGAGAUGUUUAAUUGUUUGAUAUCUGUGUAUUGUAGACGAGGGUGUAUUAGUAAAGCGACAGGGUUGUAUAGGGAAAUGGAGACGUAUGGAUGCAAAGCAAACUCGAUUACUUUCAGGCAUCUUGUUGUGGGUUGUUUGAAAGCGGGGUUGAAGAAGGAAGCUUUGAAGACGAUGGAGUUGGGGAUGGGUGUGAUGACGAGUAGCAGUGUGAAAAGGUCGAUGCCAUGGAUGGAAACGGGGUAUGAAAUGUUGGAGGUUUUUGCAGAGAUUGGUGAUGUGGAGAAUGCAGAGAAGGUGUUUGAUGAAUUAAGGAAAGGGAAUUAUACGAAGUAUACUUUUGUUUAUAAUGCUUUGAUUAAGUGUUAUGUGAAGGCUAAAGUUUGUGAUUCGAAUCUUUUGAAACGGAUGAUUCUUGGUGGGUCUAGGCCGGAUUCUGAGACGUAUAGUCUUUUGAAGGUUCUUGAACAGUUUAGAAGAUAG